GUAACGUAUGAGUCCCCCCACCUCGAGGGACUUUUGCCAUAAGUAUGAGGACAUCUACUUAUAGCCGCAAGAGGACCUCUCCCUCUCCCCUCGACAUCAGAAUAUGGGUGUUCCUACCAACGCAAAUCUCGCUGGCCCUCGUGGACCGUUGAAGCGCACACAGCCUUGUCCAGAUUUACCGGCCGAUAAGCUCCACCAUCCCAGCCCCCCAUCAUAUAACCGCACUCUUCGCUAUUACAAGGAACAAAGGAACCUAUCUAACCGCCACAAGCAACGCAAAUUACUGUCACUAUCCUCUGAACCUACCGACCCACCACCACCACCCUCUCCUCGUCCACAACACGCGACGCUCUCACAGAAUCCACCACCUCCACCUAUGCCUCACGCACCUCGAACGUCAUCACCACUUUCUCCCACUUCGAAUCCAUACCAGAUCCAGAACUACAAUUACAAUAAUCGGCGGUCAACCAAAAAGGCCCAGCCAGACCUGCACAAACAGGCUAUCUUCACACGUAUGCGAUGCAAUCCUGAGGGUGCGAGGAUAUUGCAUAUGGGCCCGAGGUUAGCAUUGUCUAUCAUGGAAGCUACGAGGGAUCUAGAGCGAUUGGUUGGAGGCUAUGGGCCAGGGUUUGGUACAGCAGUUGAAAUCGAUCCCACGAAAGACAGCAGUUGUAGUGUCGAGUCUCCCAUGUCGACUACAGCUAUUCUCACUCAAAGUUGGGUCAUGAUUAGCGCGGACCUGCAGUCCCACUCCGAGUGGGAGAUGCUUACAUGUUAAGACUCGUGUAUUCUAUUUGCUUGCAUCUACUCGAUCGUUUGCAGCGGCAGGCAGCGAUAACCCCUCUCCCUCGAACGUUUGUUGUUUUUUUUUUUUUUCGUUUUUCACCCGCUAUCCCCGCCGAAGACGCUCGUGCGCACCAUCUCCCGUUCCCGCCUUUUUUUACGAAACAUCCCAUCCAUCCCACUCAUCUCAUCAUGCUCGUGCUCUCGCUAGCUGGCAUCAAACGAAGGCUGAAACAAAGCAUCAAUCCAUCACAUCAUCAUCCUCAAUACAUUCAUUCCUCUUACAUGUCAUUCAUUUGUAUAUCGUUCACUUUCAAACCCUGUCUAACUGGAAACAAGCUUUAUACUUAUUCGGAUCCCCCCCCUGAAACAUUCACAUUCAUCAUCAACAAACUUUGAUGCCUUCGCUCCCUUGCUUGCUGCUUAAUAUACACUGGUUCAAGGAUUCCCCUUGUUUUUUCCUCCUUUCCAUCUUGUCAUCAACGUUUCCCCCCUCAACACUGUACAGUUACUGCAUACACUAAACGGAAGAUUAGCUUACGAUUUACUCUAGUUUGUUUUUUUGUUUUUGUUUUUGUUUUUUUGAUUAUUGUCGCUGUACUGGAAUACAAAAGACAACAGUGUAAUAUCAUCACAUCAUACUCAUAAAUGAACGGAAUAU